AUGACCGGUCGUAAGAGAAAUAUCACGCAAAGUUCUUGUAUGGAGAGAGAUGAAGCGUAUGUAGAGAAAAGGCGGCGGAACAACGAAGCUGUAAAUAGGACUCGUGAAAAAAAGAGACAAGAAGAGUCAGAGACUGCAAGAAAGGUUGAAGAACUACGAGAGGAGAAUGAAAAACUCGAGCGACAGGUUGAAUCCUUGCAAAAAGAAUUGUCUUUUUUGAAAGAAAUGUUUGUCGCCUACGCGAAUGGCAACAGAAAAUCUGGGUGCAUGGCUACCGAUGGUAAUGCAGCCAAAUUCGCGAGAGUUGUUCGCGAUUGUGCAAAUGCAUCCAGCGAAGCAGUUGAAAACGUUGAGAAGUUCCUCACAUCUCUUAAGAGCAUUGGGAAAGAAUUGGAGGGAAUUAGUUUGCUGGAUGUGAAAAAUCGUGAGAUGAUUAGUUACUUGGCAGAGUUGUCGUUACUCAUGAGCCAAAUGAGUUGUGGAAAAUCCAUAAGGGAGCAUCCUGCUGUAUUUCGGGCUUCCAAACACAGAACAAUUUUGGAAAGGUUAAUGCCAAUAGAGCAGAAAAUGAGAUCGCAGAUUGAUAAACUAACGCAGGGUAUCCAUGAUGGCAAAAUAAAGACACCGCUGCGGGCGCACCCUGAUCAAAUGGAGUUUGAAGAUGACUCUGAAUCGGAAGAAGAUGGGGACGGCAAAGAGGAGGAGGAAUUGAAAACUAAGAAGUAUGUCCCACCAAAAAUGAUGGCAGUGAGAUACGAAGAAGAAGAGAACGAGAAACAAGCAAAAAAUUUGGAAAGAGCGAAACGUCGGGCUCUCCAGAGCAGCCUUGUUCAAGAGCUUCGACAGCAGUACAGCGAUGCUCCAGAAGAAUAUCGAGAAAAGAGUCUACGGAAGUAUGAAGCCGAUAAGGAACGCGAGAGGUUUGAGGAAGACCAUUUCGUCCGUUUACGUAUGGGUAAAGCCGAGAAGAAACGAGAAAGGCUAAUGAAUCGCGGUAAUGUCAUUAACGACCUUUUCAACUUCGGCAAUUAUAUGAUGCGUGACGAGUCCGGAGAGGCUCUUUCCAACAACAAAAAAAGGAAAACUCAUCGAACUUUGGGACCUAAAGGCAAGAAACCCCGAUUGGAUAGAAGAAAAGAACAUAAGUUGAAGGCGAAGUCUAAGCACAAAACCAUAAAGAGAAGACAAUAA